GAGCGUGUGUCACACUCAAUAUAGUCCCAAGAGUUGCAUGUUCCCCAACGCAUAUUAAAGUUUGAGUGAUGGCACGGAUGUGUUAGUGUGACUCGUCUUGUUCGGGGGUGAAUCGGUGACGAUGUCAGACACCGUUGAUGAGUGGCAGGUGGCCCGGCGAAGAAAAGGCGCAGCGCGGAAGUCAAAGACACAUCAGGGCUCUUCAGGCUCAGCGUGCAGCCAGGAGCCGCUGGAUGUGGAGAAGACUGUCAAACGGAUCAGAGACUCAGCGGCUGAGCUGAGAUGUGAGGAUUUCUGGCAGGAGUGGAAAGGCCUGUUGCUGGCGGCAGGAUCGACAUCCAGCUCCAAACCUCCAGAGAACAAAGACUGUGAGGAUCCCACUAAGCUGCUGGAGGAGGACAGGGAACACAGACAAUGUCAGCAGCUCCAGUGUGUGUGUUACGGCCUCGGCUCCUUCUCCUCCUGCGCCGCGGCUCGUUACCAGCUUGCCACGUUGCUGCUGCUGCUGGAUGCAGGACAGAUUCCACUGGAGGACUGCUACGUUUAUGACCCUGUAUUCUCCUCUGGAGAGAGUGACGUCCUGGGAAAGCUGGGUCUCACUGUACUCACAGAAAAUGAGGAAGGGAAGCGUUUGGCAACAAAGCCCACCCUCUUUUUCCUGAUGCAUUGUGGGAAAGCCUUGUACAAUAAUCUUCUAUGGAGGAACUGGAGCACACAAUCUCUUCCUGCGAUGACAAUCAUUGGAAACAGCUUUAACAGCAUGAGGGACAGGGCGAUCGACAGAGAGUUCGAGCGGGACUACAGCUACAUCAGCCAGGCUGCGGGUGUGUGUGAGGAGCGACAGCUGCCUUGUCCACCCCGCUUCACUGACGUCUUCAGUGACACGGCUGUCAUCACCUUUCCUGCCAGCAGUGUGAACAGACUCCCACAAUCCACCUGGGCAGAGCCACCCGAACCAAAGUACCAACACUGCUCUGAUUUGGAGAUUAUACGAAGGCAAACGCAGAGCUGAGACGGCAUUGGGAAAAUACGGGACAUUUUUUAUAAUGGUUGCCAUUGACAUGACCAGUUUGGGGAAUAAAUUAACUAUGCUCCACAUUGAGGGCUGACUCUUGAGGAAGAAGAGGAUCUUUUCUGGAUGAAUUUAACAUGGUGUUCGAGUGGCGAGGAAUAACUACUGCCAGAGAAUGGGAAGGAUUUCAUCAGUGUUUAUGUAUCUGAGGAUUUUACAGACACAUUACAGCCGGCAAUUUUUAUUAUCAGUCAGUACAACAUGAAAAUCUCCUUUUUUAUGACCUGACAUCUGCUAGGUUGAUGAAACAACAUGGGUAAUAAAUCACUGAAAACAGUUA